UGUUUGAUCAAGAAAAGAAAAAGUGUAAAGUGAUGCUUCCAAGUAGAAUAUGGUAAAAUAAUGUCAUUAAAAAGAAUAAUGCUGUGACAAGAAAAUGCCGGUAAAAUUAAAAAGUAAAAAAUAGCGAAGCAACUUUGGUAGCAAUUUUAACAAAAAGCAAAAAAUAUUUAUAUCGCUUGUGAAAUUCAAUGCAUAAAGUUUUUUGGAAAGCUCGGAGGAAAUAUUGAAUCGUCCACAUUAUUUUAUUCAACCUCGUUCCCAGGGCAAUUUUUCGCUUUUUUAAUAUCGAGACGGCGCGAAGAAAUGACCCUGGGCCAGGCUGGUUAAAAUCAGCACGAUUCGUGCUGAUUUUUAAUUUAUGCAAAAUUUGGUCAUUUGUUAAGAAUUGCAUGCGGACCGCCGAGAACACCGUAUUGCUAUAAUUUAUGCAAAACAAUCUUGGAUCGAAAUCAAGGAUAGAGUUUUAUUUUUAAUCAGAAACAAGUUAGCUAAAGUGUCUUGAGUUUUUGCUUCAAGAAAACAUGAUGUCAGUAAAGUGAACUCCUUAACUGUACAAGUAAAGAAGUAUAGAGGCAAAGCCUUUGAAAUUGUUAAAAAUACAACAAUGACUUGGAGAAUCAUUAAAAGUGAUUCCAAAAUGAAUUAUUACACUGGUCUAUCUUCUAUCAUGUUAUUUAACACUCUGUUAUUGUUAUUAAAGCCUUACUUACAGCAAGUGAAUUAUUGGAGGGGGUCAAAACGAGCAUGUUUAAGUACUAAAAUAAAGCGUCAAACUAAACAUGUGAAAAAGUUAACACAGCGUGAUGAGUUUUUGUUAGUUUUGAUGAAACUUCGUUUGGGCUUACUGACAGAGGACCUUGCAGAUCGUUUUGGAAUAUCACCAUCAACAUGUUCCACAGUAUUUGUAACUUGGAUUAGAAUUAUAAGUAGAGUUUUGGGUGAUGCACUUGUUGUCUGGCUGCCAAGAGAAGCCAUUCGUGAUAACUUGCCUAAAACAUUUGCCAAAGCAGGUUAUUCCAAAUGUCGGGUUAUAAUUGAUUGUGCUGAGGUGUUCAUUGACAGACCAAAAUCCUUAACAAAUCAAGCAUCUACUUGGUCAGACUAUAAACAUCACAAUACUUUAAAAUUUCUUGUUGGUAUAAGCCCUUCUGGAUAUAUAACUUUUUUAUCUGAUUGUUAUGGUGGGCGCGCGUCUGAUAAAUUUAUUACAAAUGACUCUGGAUUUUACGAUUUGUUAGAAAGGGAUGAUGAAGUUAUGGCAGAUCGUGGAUUUCAAAUCAGAGAAGAAUUAAUGUUACGUUUUUGCAAAUUAGUUGUUCCACCAGGUGCACGUGUAAAAAGUCAGAUGACAAGUGCUGAAUGUAAAAAAACUAAAGAUGUAGCAAAUUUAAGGAUUCAUGUUGAGCGAGCAAUUAACAGAAUUAAGUUUUACCGCAUACUCAAGGGAGUGUUGCCUGUUACAAUGUUACAACAUGCAGAUCAUAUAGUUAAAUGCUGUGCUGCAUUAUGUAAUCUAAAGCCUGUAUUAAUUAAAAAGAAACCAGAAAAAACUACUUGAACACUUUUGUAAAUUUUCUUUUUUCACAUUUUUUGCUUGUUUUGUAAAUAUUUUUACCAAAAAAAGUUGUCUGAGUUA